AGUUAGGCUGUCUUGUUCAGACAUUUUAAUUCCUUUCAAUCAGUAUUUUCUUGCACAUUCAUUCAUUCAACUAAAAGAGUGGCAAAACAAAAUGGACUCUGAAAACUUUCUUAGCCUUCCAAUGAUAGAUUUUUCUAACUCAGACCUGAGGCCAGGAACCGCUACAUGGGAUUUGGUGAAAUCCCAAGUUAGAAAAGCUGCUGAGGAGUAUGGUUGCUUCCAGGCUUUGUUCAAUAAAAUUCCUGAAGAGAUUCAAAAGGCAACAAAUGGAGCAUUGGAAGAGCUGUUUCAAUUGCCUUUGGAAACAAAAAAGUGCAAUGUUUCUGAAAAACCAUUCCAUGGUUAUCUUGGAUCAUCUUCUUCGGCAGUCUCACUAUAUGAGAGCCUGGGAAUUGUAGAACCUGACAUCUAUGAAAAGGUUGAAAACUUCAUUAAUGUCUUAUGGCCUGAAGGAAACGUAAAAGUUAGCAAAAUUCUACAUUCAUUUUCUGAGCCAGUUCUGGAAUUAGAUCAAAUAAUAAGGAGGAUGAUUGUGGAGAGCUUGGGAGUUGAGAAAUAUUUAGAGGAGCAUAUGAAGUCCACAUACUAUUUUCUCAGGGUUGCCAAAUACCAAACACCCCAAACUACUGAGAAAAAAACAGGGCUAAGAGCUCACACUGACAAGAAUACAUUAACCAUAUUCUACCAAAAUCAGGUUGAUGGGCUAGAGAUACAAACAAGAAAUGGAGACUGGAUCCCUGUGAAAUUUUCACCAAAUUCUCUUGUUAUCCUAUUUGGGGAAUCUCUCAAAGCGUGGACAAAUGGUAGACUUUAUAGUCCAUUCCAUCGUGUUAUGAUGGCUGGAAGCGAGCCAAGGUACUCUGCUGUGUUCUUCUCAGUCCCGAAAGAAGGCUACAUCAUAAAGGCCUUAGAAGAACUAGUGGACGAAGACCAUCCCUUGCAAUAUAAUCCUUUUGAUUACAGUGAAUACCUUAAGCGCCGUUUUGCAGAUAAUAGCAAGAUAAUUUCUGUUCCUCCUCUAAAGAAUUACUUUGGUGCCUGAUAUGUUUGGAGGUUUUAUCUACCCACUUCUGUAAUUCAUUAAAAGUGGAACGUAAUAUGGCCCAUUAUAAUUAAUGUGCCAUACUAUUUUGAUUGCAAUGUUUAACAUUUUAUUUA